AUGAGGACCUUCGACCACCUCCCGCGGCCGAUAGCGCUCUUCCUCCUGACCAGCAUUUUACAGCUGACUGACGCCCACGUUGCACCACAACUUCCAAAGAGAACACAGUCGCCAACAGUAACCAUCCCACAUCGUGUCCUCAACGUUGUUUCAUGGCCGAUCCGUCCAACCCCGCCUCCACGGGCGGACCUGUUCGCUCACCGUCGCCGACAGCUCGAUGACGAGUACAACACAGUGUGCGGCUACAUCAGCGGAGACUUGGCUCUGCCAGCGACAUGCGGUUCGGGGUCUCACUGUGUGGUAGACACGGAGCAUAAUGUGGUCGGCUGUUGUCCAGAUGGCGCAGCAUCUUGCACCGACGGUGUCUUUACGGGGUGUGUGGACGGAAACAGCGGCCCACAGACCGAGGUGAACCCAUACAUCUUUAGCUGCACGGGCGGCAAUGUCUGCUACAUGAAUGUUUUCGAUGGCGGCUACUCGCAGUAUGGCUGCGGCACCGCCAGCGACCUGGCAGCCACCGUCAAGAACAGCGCCAGCGGAGCCACUGCGCUUACACGGUUGACCGUCAGCGUUUCGUACACGCAAGGCAUCAGCAUUCUCAGCACACCAAUCACGCUCGGUACUUCGACAAGUGGUUCCAGCACAUUCAGCAGCUCCUCCUCUUCAUCCGCUACCUCUACCUCUUCUUCCGCUACAUCUAGCUCUUCUUCCGCUACCUCUGGCGCUUCUUCUACAUCAACCCCUUCAACGGCAACCGCUGACCCGACGUCUACCAGCUCCGCCUCGGCCGCUGCCGCCGCCACCGACAAUGGGUACCGCACCGGGGCCAUAAUAGGAGGAACGAUCGGCGGCGUCGCCGUGCUCAUUGCCCUCAUUGGGUUAGCCUUCUUCUUCCUCCGACGGCGCAACGCCAACGUCCGUCAAGGUCCCGGCCCUGGUGGCGUCCGCGGCAAGGUGAUCAGCCCGCCCAAGCCCGGCGGGGGCACGGGUUUUCACGCCCUCGCCCACGACGACAGCGACGCUUUCGAAACAGGCCCCGGCGGCAGUGUCUUCAACCAGCCCCCUACGCAACCAUCACCACCACCACAACUGCAGAUGGCCGCCAUCAACACGGCCGCAGCAGCCGGUUCCGGCGCGGCCGUCGCAGCCGCCGCCCACCGCAGCAUGCUCCCGCCCAUCGCGACCGGCCCGCCGAUGCCCUUCCAGUCCGGCCGCGAGAGCGAAAUCUCCCCCGUCGACUACCAAUACCAGCCCGACAGCGGCACCUCUGCCCGCUCCCCCUUCGCAGCCGGCGCCCUGGGCGGCCUGUCCGCGGGCGGCGCCGCCUCCGUCUCGUCCUACCCGCCCAGCUCGUCGGGCGGCAUCAGCGGCGUGACCGACAACGGCCACAACAACAACAAUCAUGCCAUUCCCGCAGGCGCGUAUCAUUACCCCGGGCAGUAUCCGGCCGCGUACGCGGGCGGGACGGGUCUAAUGAUGAGCACGGGCACGAACCCAUUAUUCGUGAACCGCGGCGCGGAGAGACAGCUGGAGAGCGACCAGGUGCCGCUGACGGCCGCGAGAGAGCUGGAUGAUUUCUCGCAGGGGUUCCAUGCCGCGCUGGGUCGAAUCGGGGAGGAGGAUGAGGAAGAGGCGGAGGAGGAGGACAACAGGGAGAGGGGAGAGGGGAUGGGGACGCAUGAUAGCGCUGGCUCUGGAGCGGGGCGGCCGCUUUGGCAGCAGAAUCGGAGGCAGAGUCGGAAUUUGAUGUGGAUGUGA